CCGGAUGAUGCUUCGAAAUGACGUCAUCUGUCAAAAAUUGAAUUAUAAGUUUUGAUAGAAUUAGAUAAUAAUAACAUUUCAAACUCUGAGCCAGGAAGUCAUAGCACAAUAGAGACAAUAUCUAAGACCGGUUUCAGUCAAUAAUUACAUGAAAGACGUUUAAUUCAUUACAUUUAAGAUUUUUAAUCUUUACGCAUGCGUGAAACCAUUUACAGUUUCCGGUUUUUACUUCAACUUUCAUUUUCAUCCAAAAAAGCAUUUGUAAUUCAAUGUGUGUGUAAGGAUAAUGCUAACUGGUUCGGUACUAUUCGAAAGUCAACAAGGUACUAGGUGAUGAGUACAAGCUCUGAAAGUGGACCUGGCUCAGCCAGGCCCAUCAAAAAGACCCCAAAUGACUUUGUCUUUGGUAAAGUUAUUGGGGAAGGUUCUUUCUCAACAGUGUAUUUAGCAAAGGAAAUCAGUUCUGGAACAGAGUUUGCAAUAAAAGUGUUGGAGAAGAAGCACAUUAUGAGAGAAAGAAAGACACAAUAUGUAAUGAGAGAAAAGGAAGUUCUCAUGAAGAUAAGCCAUCCAUUCUUUAUCAGACUCUACUAUACAUUUCAAGAUGCAGACAGACUAUAUUUUGUGUUAGGAUAUGCAAGGAGAGGAGAAUUGUUAGACUACCUCCAUAAACUGUCAUCUUUUGAUGAAGAUUGUUCCAGGCACUAUACAGCAGAAAUUGUGAAAGCACUAGAAUACUUGCAUGGGGUUGGAAUUAUCCAUAGAGAUUUGAAACCAGAGAAUAUUUUGUUGAAUGAUGAAAUGCAUAUCCAGAUCACAGACUUUGGUUCUUCAAAAAUAUUCAAAAAUGAGGAAGGGGAUGGAUCUGGUGAGAAUAAUGAAGGUUCGAGAAGAAAUUCAUUUGUUGGAACAGCCCAGUAUGUAUCUCCGGAAGUUCUAACCAGCAAAUCUGCAAGUAAAAGUUCUGACUUAUGGGCCCUAGGAUGUAUUUUAUUUCAAUUUUUAUCUGGUGAAUGCCCCUUUAGAGGCGGGCAUGAAUACCAAAUAUUCCAGAAAAUCACAAAACUUGAAUAUGAAUUUCCUGAUGGUUUUUGUCCUUUGGCUAGAGAUUUGGUUGAAAAAUUAUUGGUUUUAGAGCCAGAUAAAAGAUUGGGUAGUGAUGAAAUGGGUGGCUUUGAGAAAUUGAAGGGGCAUGAGUUUUUCACGGGUAUAGAUUGGGACCACAUAGAAGAAGUACAACCACCAGCAUUAGUUCCCUAUUUACCUGCCACUACCAGUAAUCCAGAACAUUGUUGGAGUACGAUGAAGCCUGGCCUGACAGACAAAAGGAUAGGUGAAAUCUUAACAUCACAUUUAAUAACAGAACAAGAGAGAAAGGAAAGAUUAGAGGAGCAAGCUAAGACAAAUGAGUAUCAUAGGUUCACUGAAGGAAAUCUCAUUCUAAAACAAGGAUUCAUAGACAAAAGAAAGGGAUUGUUUGCUAGAAGACGGAUGUUCUUAUUGACGGAAGGACCUCAUCUGUAUUAUGUUGAUCCAGUCAGUAAAGUAUAUAAAGGGCAAAUUCCAUGGUCAAAAGAACUAAGAACAGAACAAAAGAAUUUCAAGAUAUUUUUUGUCCAUACAGUAAGUAAUAAUGAUAUUUUCAGUAUAAUUUACAGAUAUCAUUAG